AUGGUGAAAUCUUGGAGAAGAAAUUGUGUCUUGCUCUUGAGGAUUAAUCUUGAGAGAAAAACCCUACUUUUUUAUGCUUUGGAUGAAUCUGAAGUUCUAUGCUUCGUUUUGAUAUAUCUAGGUAUUGCUGAAUGGGAUCUGCGAUGCGUUGGUAUUGAUCGUGUUAGCAGUUGUCUUGGUGGUGGUGGCGGUGCUCUUGGUUGUUGUGUUGGUGGUGUUGGUAUUGGUGUUGGUAGUGGUGGUUGUAUUGGUAGUCUUGGUGUUGGUGUUGGUGGCAUUGGUGGUGGUAUUGGUAUUAAUUGUGUUGGUGAUCUUGGUGGUGGUGGUGGUGUUCUUGGUGGUUGUGUUGGUGGUUAUGGUAUUGGUGGUGGUGAUGUUGUUGAUGUUGGUGGCAGCCAUGUUGUUGUUGCUGCCAGUCGUGAUGAUGAACAUGUUGAUGCUUAA